AAAAGAAACUUCCUCAUGCUGCCUCUCGCAUAAUAAUAUCUGCUGUAGUAACGAACGUGACCGGGAAACUAACGCGCGCGUGAUCUGCGUGCCGAGGCGACACGGGCGGUUAAAGUGAACGCUGAACUACUUCAGUUAAUCUUACACUCAGAUUACACUGUACUUUCGACUGGAGUUGACUUCUUCGUCUCGCUUCUCCUGGUCUGUUGGCUGUUGAAAUCAAUAUGACGGCAAUAAAAAUCAGGGUCGGGUCUGUUCCACAUGGGAAACCCGUUCCUCUUUUUCUAGACGUACUGUGCCGCAGUCUUAUCAUCCUGUGCACGUGUCUGUCCGUCGUCCUCUCGUCUGUGGCGGUGUGUGACGGUCGCUGGCUGCUGGCCGGCGGACACAUGUUCGGUCUGUGGUAUUUCUGCUCGCUGGAUCAGCAGAGCUUUAACGCGUCCCAGAACUGCACCACUCAUCUGGAGGAGUCGGGGGUGCAGGGUCUCGGCGUGGGCUUGCCGGCCUGUCGCGCGAUCAUCACGCUGGCUGUGGUCAGUGCUAUCUUUGGCCUGGAGCUGCUCGUGAUGUCGCAGGCGAGCGAAGGGAGGGACUCGAGUCGGCGCUGGACUCUCGGGACACGGCUGGUGCUGCUGGCGGGGAUCAUGGCUGCCGGAGGGGUCGCCGUGUUUGUGCUCCUGUUAGGGACAUUUGCAACACCCCUGGGGUUCACGCUCACCUUCUGGUGCCAGUUCACCGCCACUGUCCUGUUCUGCCUCAAUGGACUGGCAGCGCGGCACAUCCACCACAUCGAACCUCUGCUGCCCUCUAGUGGACAUCAUGACAAACUGCAGAAAUCAGACAUCUGACAGGAGAUCUGCGGUGUCUGUAGUCUGAGGGAGUUCGAUGGAUGGUUAAUAAUCAGGUACACUCUUUAAAACAGAGCCCAGGGUUCCAUAUAGAUAUUUCGCACACUCUUAACAAUAAAGGUUCCAAAAGUGAUGUCAGAAGUUCCAUUUUUGGUUCCGUUCAGUGAAACGUUCUUAAUAGAACCAUGAUUUUCUUGUUGCCAGGAACCAGUGUUCCACUGUAAACAUCCUAGUGUGGAAUGAAAAGGUUCAUGGGUGUUAAUGCCAACUAUGAGCCUUUAUUUUUUUUAAAGUGCAGGUGUUUUUAAUGACACGUUGCAUUGUGUUGUGUUUUAUAGUUAAAGGGAAAAUGUCCUGGAGGAAAGAUGCCGGCAACUUUUCCAUUUUUCCAGGGUAGAUCAAAACUUUGAAAUAAUAAUAUCACUUGUGUUUUAUUUAUAUUAAUCAUAAAUAUUUCUUUCACAGAAGAUCAUUUCAGUCUAUCAUUUAGAUUUUUGUCACUCAAUCUCAUUUCAAUUUAAUUGAAAUAAUGAAAUAAUGAUAAUCAGCACUUAGCUGACAGUAUUAUCUGUGAAUAAAUGACUCUUUACAGUUAGUCUUUAGUAUAUUUAAUGAAAUGCUCUCUCUUUUACAUCAGAUCUUUUUUUUUUACAAUCUAUACUUCUCAUUUUACGAGGAGAUCUCUAUACAGUUCAUUUAAUAAAAACAUUUUUUUUUGUCUUUA